AAGCUGAUUUGGAAGCAAAUAGCUCAGUAUCUACAGCACAAACAGAAUAAAGCAGAAGCUACAACUGUGAAAAGAAAAGCAUCUUGUUCAGAGAGUUCCAUGAAACUAAAAACUUCUUCUGCAGUAUUGUCACCCCAAAAGAAGUCUCCACCCACCACCGUGCUUUUGCCAGCCUUGCCAGCCAAAGCCCCGGAGACAGAGCCCAUUGAUGUUGCUGCUCAUCUUCAGCUGUUAGGAGAGUCCCUCAGCCUCAUUGGACACUGCCUGCAGGAAACAGAGGCCAUGGUGGCUGCGUCUGGCAGUUUGUCUGUGCUUCUGGAUUCCAUCAUCUGUGCACAUGGCCCCUUGGCAUGUCUGACCACACAACUACCUGAGUUGAAUGGCUGUCCCAAACAGGUCUUGUCAAACACACUAGACAACAUUGCUUACAUCAUGCCUGGACUGUGA